AGCAGCAGCAGCAGACGGGGAGACCUGUCCGAUACGGCGCGUCCCGCUCACCCCCACCCGUCCAAUCCCGUCUCACCACCUCCCCUCGCCUUCUCCCUCCUUCCUCUCCUCCUCCUCCUCCCCUUUCCCCUCCCCCUCGACACGCGCGCGUCUUUGGGCAAGCACACACCUCCUCUUCUUCCUCUCUGCUCCUCUCUUUGGUUCUCUUCACCCACCCCACCUUGUGCUUGCGAGGUCAGGUGGUCGGCUUCGUUGGCUUCUUGGGAAGUAGUUUUGUUGUUGUUGUUGGAGGAGGAGGAGGAGGAGGAGGAGGAGGAGAAGUUGCUGGUGUUGUUGGGGGUGAUUUUCUUUGUGGGGGGAGGAGGGAGAGGUGAUCUUGGUGAUGGCGGCGGCGGCGGCGGCGGCGGCGAUAUGUGGGGAGGAUGAGACGGCGGCGCGGGUGGGGUGCACGGGGGAAUGGGCGGGCGGGAUCGAGAGGGUGGAUCUUGGGGAGAGGAAGGAGGCGGUGGCGGCGGCGGGGGCGGGGAAGAGGAGCGUCUACCUGAUGGACUGCGCGCCGGUGUGGGGCUGCGCGUCGACGCGCGGCCGCAGCGCGGAGAUGGAGGACGCGAGCGCCGCCGUGCCGCGGUUCGCGGACGUGCCGGUGCGGCUGCUCGCCAGCCGGCGCGACCUCGACGCGCUGGGCCUCGACGCCGACGCGCUCCGCCUGCCGGCGCACCUCUUCGGCGUGUUCGACGGCCACGGCGGCGCCGAGGUGGCGAACUACUGCCGUGAAAGGAUCCACGUCGUCUUGAGCGAGGAGCUGAAGCGACUUGGCAAGAAUUUGGGGGAGAUGGGCGAGGUGGACAUGAAAGAGCACUGGGAUGAUGUGUUCACGAAAUGUUUCCAGAGAGUGGACGAUGAGGUUUCAGGGAGAGUGACCAGGGUUGUCAAUGGUGGCGGUGAGGUCCGGUCAGAACCGGUGACCGCAGAGAACGUCGGCUCGACGGCGGUCGUUGCGCUUGUCUGCUCAUCUCAUGUGGUGGUUGCCAACUGUGGAGAUUCGCGCAUCGUGCUCUGCCGCGGGAAGGAGCCCGUAGCCUUGUCAAUUGAUCACAAGCCUGACAGGAAGGAUGAGCGGGCAAGGAUUGAAGCCCAGGGAGGCAAGGUCAUCCAAUGGAAUGGUUACCGGGUGUCCGGUAUACUUGCUAUGUCCCGAUCAAUCGGUGAUCGCUAUCUGAAACCAUUUGUCAUUCCAAAACCGGAAGUUAUGGUCGUUCCACGGGCGAAGGAUGAUGACUGUCUUAUUCUAGCAAGCGAUGGGCUGUGGGAUGUUGUGUCAAAUGAAGAGGCAUGCAAAGUCGCACGCCGACAGAUCCUUCUGUGGCACAAGAACAAUGGCGCUGCAUCACCAUUGUCUGAUGAGGGUGAAGGAUCCACCGACCCUGCUGCCCAAGCAGCUGCCGAUUAUCUGAUGAGACUCGCUCUGAAGAAAGGCAGCGAGGAUAACAUCACUGUCAUUGUUGUCGACUUGAAACCGCGAAAGAAACUCAAGAACAUUUCAUAACAGGGCCUGGGUUCAUCUUGAGUAGCUGACCAUGAUGUGUGUCAAAGAGUUUCAUACAACUAGUCGGUCUUCCUCACGGGACUUGACCCACUGUUUUUUUUGCUGGGCUUCAAGAAAUUGUACAUGUAUAUGCUAGAUGUAUCUUCCAUCUAGGGAUAAAUAUCUACCUACCUCCAUUCUAUCCCGUCAGCUUCAGUUUUCAGCCCUGGCAAGAAGUAUCCCUUGUACAAUAAUUGAACUUGGAAAAAGCUAAGUGGCUGAGAUGACCAGUAAAAUUAACAUAAUUGUGAUCA